AUGAGAAAAGGCUAUUUCUCAGAGUACUCCCACGCACGGCUGCAUGAUGCAGGGCGGAUAAAGAGGUUCUGGGAGGAACAGAUUGAGCGUCACGAGCAGCAGCUGCAGCGCGAGGACCUGCGGGUCCGCAGCAGCGCCCUGAGCAAGCUCCGUCUGGAGUGGACUCAGCGGCUGGAGACCAGGAACCGGAUGCUGCAGUGCCCCCAGGAGACACCCACGCUGUUCCUGCCAUCCAUCAUGCCAGCAAAUGCCCCAGACAAGGCGGCCACCUAA